CCUGUUCUGGCCGGCUCAUAACCAUGUUCUUCCUGACUCCGGUCUUGGUAGCCGUCGUCUGCAUCCUGAUUGUGUGGAUCUUUAAAAAUGCAGACGGAAGCCUGGGGAAGAGGAAAGAGGAAUCACAAGCCAGGACCCAGGCUCGUCCCUGGGUGGACGAAGACUUGAAAGACAGCACUACUGACCUCCACCCAGGGGAAGAAGUCGCAGAUGCUGACGAAUGGCAAGAGUCCGAAGAAAGUGUGGAGCAUGUCCCAUUCUCACACACUCGGUAUCCUGAGAAGGAAAUGGUAAAGCGAUCCCAGGAAUUUUAUGAACUUCUCAAUAAGAGACGGUCUGUCAGAUUCAUCAGUAAUGAGCAAGUUCCAAUGGAAGUCAUUGAUAAUGUCAUCAGAGCAGCAGGCACAGCCCCAAGUGGGGCUCACACAGAGCCCUGGACUUUUGUGGUGGUGAAGGACCCAGAAGUGAAACAUAAGAUUCGUGAGAUCAUUGAGGAGGAAGAGGAAAUUAACUACAUGAAAAGGAUGGGACAACGAUGGGUCACGGACCUGAAGAAACUGAGAACCAAUUGGAUCAAAGAGUACUUGGACACAGCUCCAGUUUUGAUUCUCAUUUUUAAGCAAAUUCAUGGGUUUGCUGCAAAUGGCAAGAAGAAGGUUCACUACUACAACGAGAUCAGUGUGUCCAUCUCCUGUGGCAUGCUCCUGGCUGCCCUGCAGAAUGCAGGGCUCGUGACUGUCACCACCACUCCUCUCAACUGCGGCCCCCGUCUGAGGGUGCUCCUGGACCGUCCCCCCAAUGAAAAGCUGCUGAUGUUACUCCCCGUGGGGUACCCCAGCAAGGAGGCCACGGUGCCAGACCUCCACCGGAAGCCUUUGGACCAGAUCAUGGUGUCGGUGUAAGCAGGAGACGCAAGGAGGUACAUGCCUUGCUCCCUCCUGAAAUUCCUCUGGGCUACUCAGGUGCCCUUUUUAUGGAGGCGUGGGGGUUCAUCUCCUCAGCACUCUGCU